GUUUGGGAUUUUGCUCACGUCCGAAGUCAGGCUGCGGCAGGAUUGGGAUGGGGGAGGCUUGGCGUCGGAGCGACUAAAGAGAGGAGCGCUUGAACCCGAAGGGGGUACUUCUGCAAGCUUUUUCCCCUCCCAAACACCCUUUUUAAAAAGCCAACGGCCGCCCUGGGAGAGGCCCCUGCGCAUGAAUCAUCCUCGCUUCCUGCCCCCGCCCGGCCCCGCGAUCCGGGUGCCGCGGAUUUGAACUGGACGCCGACGGGAACCCGCAAACAGGCAUUUCUUUGCAGAUGGGUUUGAAUCAGCCAAUCACAGCCCGCGGGGGCCCGCUCCGGGAGGAUGGAGGCGCGGUUGGGGGGGCCGCCACCCGAGGGCCCCCGCCCCGCCAGGGGGGGUGCGGCGACCGGGCCUGCUCCCAACGGCGCGGCGGGGGAGGAAGUGUCAGUUUGUGAACCUGCCGCGGGCCCGGGCCCCAGGCCCGGCGGGCAGGGACCUUGCAGCGCCCGGGAGCCAGGUGGCAGGGAGAAGGCAGAGAUUUGGACUGCACACCCUGCCCGGUGCCUGCGCGGUCUGCCCUGGAGAAAAGAGAGGAAUGGGGGGGGGGGUGACGGGGCGGGGGCGGGAGGGGAGGCAAGAGGGGACGUGGCCGCGCCACCAUCUGGAGAGUGAAGACCCCAGCAAGGCCCUGCCUGCCCCAGGGCCCUUGACAUGCACACACAUGUAUUCCAUUUCAUAUGCUCACUGACAUAAGGCUGUAGACAUCAAACACAAUCUCACAGGAGUACACACACACUUACAGGGAAAAAGGACUCUCUCCCUGUCUACAGGUAAUCAUAACACCAGGUGCCCAGCGUCUUGGCAGAGGAGGAGGGGACCAGAGUAGCGGGUGCAGGGAACAGAGGGAUGCUGUGUUUUUGGCUUAGUGGAGAGUGUGUGGAGGGGCCUGGAGCCAGGUGAGCCCAGAUUGAGGAGGAGGGGGCCGUGGGGGGGCUUUGAAUGCCAUUGGAGGUACUGGGGAGCCACAGAAGGUUUCUGGGAGAAUAAGAAGAUGGGAAUUGAUGGCCCUGAGGAAGAGUCUGGUGGGGAGGCAGGAAACAGGGAGUGGCCUGUUUAGCACUGGGCGCUGGUGGUUCCAUUCCGAAUCCCAGGUGCCCAGCAUAGGUGAGUGGGCACAAGGCUCAGGAAACAGUUAUUGAAUGAAUGAAUGGCCCAGGCAAGAUGAGGCCUGAACUGAGACCAGGACAGGGGGAUGGAAAAGAGGAGUAGGGUGCCAGAAGUCACUGUGCUUGGCUGCUGUGGCAACUCAUCGGUUGGAGAAAUCUAAGAUGCUUGGGGGUCUGGGGACCAUAGUAGUACCAUUAGCAGGAAGAAGUGAAAGCAAUGGGAGCGGCACAUUUUGUAGGAUGGUGAGAGACAGAUGUGGAGAGGUUGGCAUGGCAAUGACUUCACUGCUUGGAGCCGGUUUGCAUCUGAGUAAAAGCAUAAGUGAGUUUAAAUGUCCCAGAAUUGGUUUCCAUUAAAUCAUCCCAUAAUUGAGAACAGAAAAGGAGAUUACAGAAGACACAGAUGGCCAAGUCUAUACCAGUUCACAAGCCACCCAGGAGUUUUCCUCUCCAGUGUCAGUGGAAGCUGAUGGAGAAUCGAGGUCUGGACCCAGGGACUCGGGACUCCUAUGGUGCCACCAGCCACCUCCCCAACAAGGGGGCCCUGGCAAAAGCCAAGAACAACUUCAAAGACCUGAUGUCCAAGCUGACAGAGGGCCAGUAUGUGCUGUGCCGGUGGACAGAUGGACUGUAUUAUCUCGGGAAGAUCAAGAGGGUCAGCAGUUCUAAGCAAAGCUGCCUUGUAACUUUUGAAGAUAACUCCAAAUACUGGGUCUUGUGGAAGGACAUACAGCAUGCUGGUGUUCCAGGAGAGGAACCUAAGUGCAACAUCUGCCUGGGGAAGACAUCAGGACCACUGAAUGAGAUCCUCAUCUGUGGGAAGUGUGGCCUGGGUUACCACCAGCAGUGCCACAUCCCCAUAGCGGGCAGUGCCGACCGGCCCCUGCUCACACCUUGGUUCUGCCGACGCUGCAUCUUUGCGCUGGCUGUGCGGAAAGGCGGCGCGCUGAAGAAGGGCGCCAUCGCCAGGACCCUGCAGGCUGUGAAGAUGGUGCUGUCCUACCAGCCCGAGGAGCUGGAGUGGGACUCGCCCCACCGCACCAACCAGCAGCAAUGCUACUGCUACUGCGGCGGGCCGGGAGAAUGGUACCUGCGGAUGCUGCAGUGUUACCGGUGCAGGCAGUGGUUCCACGAGGCCUGCACCCAGUGUCUCAAUGAGCCCAUGAUGUUCGGAGACCGGUUCUACCUGUUUUUCUGCUCCGUGUGCAACCAGGGCCCAGAGUACAUCGAGAGGUUGCCCCUGCGAUGGGUCGAUGUGGUUCACCUGGCCCUCUACAACCUGGGGGUGCAGAGCAAGAAGAAGUACUUUGACUUUGAGGAGAUUCUGGCCUUUGUCAACCACCACUGGGAGCUCCUGCAGCUUGGCAAGCUCACCAGCACCCCCGUGACGGACCGAGGACCGCAUCUCCUCAACGCUCUGAACAGUUAUAAAAGCCGGUUCCUCUGCGGCAAGGAGAUCAAGAAGAAGAAGUGCAUCUUCCGCCUGCGCAUCCGCGUCCCGCCCAACCCCCCCGGGAAGCUGCUGCCCGACAAGGGCCUGGUGCCCACUGAGAACGGCGCCUCUGAGCUGCGUAAGAGAGGAAAGAGCAAGCCUGGUUUGUUGCCUCAUGAAUUCCAGCAGCAGAAAAGGCGAGUUUAUAGAAGAAAAAGAUCAAAGUUUUUGCUGGAAGAUGCUAUCCCCAGUAGUGACUUUACCUCGGCCUGGAGCACCAACCACCACCUGGCCAGCAUAUUUGACUUCACGCUGGAUGAGAUACAGAGUUUAAAAAGCGCCAGCUCAGGCCAGACCUUCUUCUCCGACGUGGACUCCACCGACGCUGCCAGCACCUCCGGCUCCGCUUCCACCAGCCUUUCCUACGACUCCAGACGGACAGUGGGCAGCCGCAAGAGGAAGCUGGCAGCCAAAGCGUACAUGCCACUGCGGGCAAAGCGGCGGGCGGCCGAGCUGGGUGGACGCUGCCCCUCCGACAGCAGCGCGGAGGGGGCCUCAGGCCCCGAGCGGCCCGACGAGGGCAUCGACAGCCACACGUUCGAGAGCAUCAGUGAAGAUGACUCGUCCUUGUCCCACCUCAAGUCAUCCAUCACCAACUACUUUGGCGCAGCCGGGCGGUUAGCCUGUGGGGAGAAGUACCAGGUGCUGGCUCGGAGGGUCACGCCCGAGGGCAAGGUUCAGUACCUGGUGGAGUGGGAAGGGACUACCCCUUACUGACCAGCCCCCACAGGAUGCCAGCAGUCCUGGAAACCAAAGGGGAGACAGCGGAAGCCACAGGCUCCCCAGUUCUCUCCAGGC